GAGGAGGAGGAAGGCGCUGGCGGGCAGUGAUGGCGGCGGGUGAUGGGGACGUGAAGCUAGGCACCCUGGGGAGUGGCAGUGAGAGCAGCAGCGACGGCAGCAGCGAGAGCCCAGGCGGCGCGGGAGCGGCAGCAGAAGGGGGCGGCUGGGCAGCAGCGGCAUUGGCGCUUUUGACGGGGGGCGGGGAGAUGCUGCUGAACGUGGCGCUGGUGGCGCUGGUGCUGCUGGGGGCCUACCGGCUGUGGGUGCGCUGGGGGCGGCGGGGUUUGGGCGCCGGGGCCGGAGCCGGCGAGGAGAGUCCCGCUGCUUCUCUGCCUCGUAUGAAGAAGCGGGACUUCAGCUUGGAGCAGCUGCGCCAGUACGACGGGUCCCGCACCCCGCGCAUCCUGCUCGCGGUCAAUGGGAAAGUCUUCGACGUGACCAAAGGCAGCAAGUUCUACGGCCCGGCUGGUCCAUAUGGAAUAUUUGCUGGUAGGGAUGCCUCCAGAGGACUGGCGACAUUUUGCCUAGAUAAAGAUGCACUUAAAGAUGAAUAUGAUGAUCUCUCAGACUUGAAUGCUGUACAAAUGGAGAGUGUUCGAGAAUGGGAAAUGCAGUUUAAAGAAAAAUAUGAUUAUGUAGGCAGACUCCUAAAACCAGGAGAAGAACCAUCAGAAUAUACAGAUGAAGAAGAUACCAAGGAUCACAAUAAACAGGAUUGAACUUUGUAAACAACCAAAGUCAGGGGCCUUCAGAACUGCAAUUCUUACUCCCUUUCACAGAAUGUCCAGCAUCUUUGGGUUUGGUUCACCUGCUGCAAAAAACAUUCAACAGAUUGUAUACAAGCUAAAUGAGUCUCACUUUGAAGAUUUGAAUACUAGACAUUAUUUAUGCUGCCAACCUCAUUUGUUGCAGUUGUUUGUAAUGUCUGGUGGGGCUUCAUCAUCCUGAAAAGGAGGAAACAGGGACUUUUUAAAGAGCAAGAAAGUCACAAGGUUACUAUUCCCUCUCUCCCUCCUUCCCUCCCUCCCUCCUAUUUUUUUUUUAAAUCAAAGACAACCAGAUAUGUAUUUGCUACUUAAGUGUACAAAUCUCCUCAAAAACAGCAAGAGAUUCAUAUGCUGUGUUUUUGUUAUAGCUCUGAGGGAGGAGAUCUAGGCAGGAGAGGUUGGGGGUGCACAUCAAUUUGAGUAGUUUAGAUUAUUGAAACAUUAAAAUGUGAAUUCUCAAACUUUUCUUUUUGGGUUUUGUCAGGGAAAAGGAAAAAACCCUUACUUCUAAGAAAUCUUUGGAAAUUAGGAGAAGGGAUUUCAAGUGGAUCUAAGUCAAAGUUAAUUCCCAAUAGUAAGAUCAUUUGAAACUAGUUUUUAUCCCUUCCCUUCCCCUAGAUCAAAUCAAUAUUAAUUGUGCCUUAUUUCACUUACAUAGACUUGAAUUAUUUUUAGGGAAAGCCCCUAUGUGAAUUCAGAAGUCAUUACAAGCAGCAUUGAGACUGAAGUUGGAAUAUUCUGUUGACUGCAAAACCUUGAUGUCAUUCUGUGUACAUAGAAUGUAAAAGGAAUAUUCAGUGUUACUGCCACAUAUGUUAAUAUACACAAACUUAAUUAGCAUUGUAAUGGCCAAAUGCAUUCCCUCAUGCUUUUUCUCUUUUAAAAAAAAAUCGAAAAUCAAAUCAACAACUUUGCCCCCAACAGCUGCCUAAUUUUAGGAGUCUGACCCUCACAUCUCAUUGGUGUGGGUGCAUGGGGCU